AUGGCGUCCCGAGCACAAAAAAUCUUAAAUCUAGUGAGAGAACAAGAAAAAAAUAAAUCAGCUCUCGAAGAACUUGAUAAUACAGUACAAACUGAUUCCCAAACAGUUGUACCAGCAGUACCAAGCACCUUACCAGAAAGAUAUGAUGAACACAUAAGCACCUUUAACGGAUUUGAUAUCAACAGUAUGGAGAUCGUAUUGGCUGAUGAUGUCCUUGAAAUAGAUGAAGCUGAGUUCAAUCUUCCGCCAGCUGAGCUAGGAAUAAAUGUUUGUGGUUUAGAGGAUAAAGACUUAGAUCUUCGCCAUCGUGAUCAAGAUCAGCCAACCGCUGGAAGUCAUGGCAAUUUUAGUAGCAGUAGUAAUGAAAGCGAUCUUGACAGUGAUUCCGUUCCAGAUAAUGUCUAUGCUGUAGAGGAUGAUAGCUUCGAUGAUAAUGCUAUCGAAAGUGAUAAAGAAAAUAGCGCAGCUGAAAAUCAUCCUGAAGGACAGCCGACUGUCAAUGAUCAUCAAAAACUUAAUAAUGAGACUAAUUGGGGUGACACGAAUGAAGGACGAAAAAUAAAAAUUACAGCAGACAAAGAUGAAUGGAAAAGGAAUAAAAGCAAAUUACUAAGAAUGAAAGGGGAGGAUUACCUUGGAUUUUCGCGUGACAAGGACAAAAACUUAAAACAUAAUACUCCUCGCCCAGCGAGGAAACUGGGAAUGGCAUGUGUUUCAAAAAUGUGUUUAAAAUCAAAUAAGAUGUUUUGUAAUACUUUCACCGAAGAUAUACGAAAAUAA